AAUCUCGCGAGAGAGGCUGUUGCAGGCAGGGGCGGCGCGGGCGCGCGAGAAACUGGCCCGAGGCGCGCGCGCGCGCACCCUGCCCCCAGCCCCGGAGCGGCUCGUGGCCGGCUCCGCGCCGCAUCGCUGGUUGCAGCGCAGCGCAGCGCAGCGCGGCGGCUUUUGCCGAGCGACAGCGGCGGUUUAGGACAAAGAGGCUUGGACAGGCCACUGGGCCGGCUGGCGCCAUCAUGGCGGAGAAAGUGAACAACUUCCCACCGUUACCCAAAUUCAUCCCACUCAAGCCAUGUUUCUACCAAGACUUCGAGGCGGAUAUCCCUCCCCAGCAUCUCAGCAUGACCAAGCGCCUCUACUACCUCUGGAUGCUGAAUAGCGUCACGCUGGCCGUGAACCUGGUGGGCUGUCUCGCGUGGCUGAUCGGAGGUGGGGGAGCCACCAACUUUGGCCUCGCCUUUCUCUGGCUCAUCCUCUUCACACCCUGCUCCUACGUCUGCUGGUUUCGGCCCAUUUACAAGGCCUUCAAGACCGACAGCUCCUUCAGCUUCAUGGCAUUCUUCUUCACCUUCAUGGCCCAGCUGGUCAUCAGCAUCAUCCAAGCCGUGGGCAUCCCAGGCUGGGGUGUCUGCGGCUGGAUCGCCACCAUCUCCUUCUUCGGAACGAACAUUGGCUCAGCGGUGGUGAUGCUCAUUCCCACUGUCAUGUUCACGGUCAUGGCUGUCUUUUCCUUCAUCGCCCUCAGCAUGGUUCAUAAAUUCUAUCGGGGAAGUGGGGGGAGUUUCAGCAAAGCUCAGGAGGAGUGGACCACAGGGGCAUGGAAGAACCCACACGUGCAGCAGGCGGCCCAGAAUGCAGCCAUGGGGGCGGCGCAGGGUGCCAUGAAUCAACCGCAGACUCAGUAUUCCGCCACUCCCAACUACACGUACUCCAAUGAGAUGUGAACCAGCUGAGCCUACUGAGCGCUGGCUAGGGGCCGGUGGGACGGGGGUUCAAGCCACGUGGUCUAUUGUGGUGACCAAGCAGGGUUCCCCCUUCCCUUUUUCUCCUCACCCACUUUGUACAAAGAAUCAGAGUUAUAUAUAUAUAUAUAUAUCUGUAUAUGUAUAUCCCCUCCCCGCACCUUUUGGAUUCUGCUCUCAGCACCCUGAGAGCUGAGGGCUGCACGUGGAGCUGUCCCGUGCAGUGGUAGCUGUGUCUGUGUCCCCUUGUGAACAGUGUGCAGUGGAAGUCUCUGUUGUUGUGGUGCUAGACGUAUGUUUAGAACUAAACCAGCCCCCCACCCUCCACCAGGCUGCCCCCUCUGACCUUGGCCCAGAGACCCCUCAUGGGGCAGAGGGAGGCAUAGCAGAGAGGCUGGCCCCCUCCCCAGGGUUAUGAGCUGAAACUGUUCCCACUUUUGGUCUUACUAGGAAGCAACAGUAUUUAGCACUCAUGGGGUUGGUAGGUGGGAGGGUGGGACCUGUAGGGGAGCUUCCCUUGCUCCUUCUCAUCCAGGUUUCUCCCUCCUCAAACUCCUCCUCCCCUCCUCUCUUCCUGCUGUCACACUCCUGUGGUCUCUUCUGCCCAGGGUCUCUCUCUUUUCCAUGUGGCUUUUCUUUGUCUUCCCCAAGGCUGAGUGUCCCAGUUCUGCUCCUGAGGCUGAGCCCAUUCCCAGAUCAAGGAAGCAGACAGGGGAGCUGGGCCUUGGCCUCGAUGUGGGAGGGCACACAGCCAGAGUUACAGAGCCCACCUGGGGAUCUGACUCCCAGGGAAUGGAAAUGCAAGGCAGAUUCCUCUCUUCCCUGCCUUGCCUACCCCUCCUCUUCCCAGAGCCCCCUUGAGCCCCUCUGCUUAUAUCCCUCCCCAUACUCCCAGCUUCUGUGUCCUAGUUCUCCUACCCUACCCCUACUGUGCGCUAGGUGGCAUCUGCCAUCCAUGAGGACAGAUUCCACUGCCUUUCCUGAAGAUCUGGGUGGUGUCCAGGCAAUUUCAGGUGUAUAGUGCAGCUGUCACAGAGGGUAUGUAAAUAAUUACUGGCCCCUGGGGACGUAUGUUUAGCCCCAGCCCACUGGGCAGGUGCUAGGUGUCUGAAUGACCACUGGAUUCCUGGGAGCAAUAGCUGUUCUGUUUGGGUCUGAUAGAAGGGACAGGUUCAGAGGGUUGAGCCUGGAGGGAAGAUCAGAGGAGAAGGCAGGCAGGGCCCAGUGAGAGGGGAUCAUGUCCCCCGCACCCCCAGCUUGCUCUUGGUCAUAGGGCAGUUCUGGGCACUUGAACUCAAGGCCCAGGAAGAAGCACAGGCCCAACCCUGUGUGCAAACACAGUGGCCAGAGUGGGAGUUCAGGCGAGGCUAGGUGGGAGGGGAGGCUCUAUGGCUCUUUUUUUUUUUUUUAAAUCAAAUCAAGAUUACUUGCUGCCCUCUGCCUAUCAGACUUGGUUCUUUGCCCUUCCUCACCCUGUCAGAACUCGUUUCCCUUCCAGGACUGUGCUUGCAGACCUGUAGGGCUGUUCUUUUCCAAGCACUGUGGGAAUGUUGCUGGUAGAGGCCCUGGCUCCCUCGGAGGCCUGGAGGAGGGUGGGUUCUUAACCAAGGAGCAGCUGCCCAUUUCUCACUCACUGCCCCCACCUCUUAUCUAGGUUAUUUGGCUUGAAAAACCAAGCCCCGCCUGGCCGCUCUGGGCUGGCUCCUGCUUAGAACCCAACACCUGGACUCAGGUGCCAUCCUGAGCUUUGAGCUCCAGUACUCCACUUUCCUGCAGGAGGAGCCAGGGUUUACCACAUUCUCUCUGGAAAGCAGUUGGCACAGCCCCUAGUACUGAACAGUGAUCUGAGGUCUGGGUUCUUCCUCCCUUUUCCUCUCCUGCAGCCCAGGCCUCUGGCUCCCUUUCUCUUAGUCUCUGGGGCUCCAGGAGGCCUAUGGUCCAGCUGCCAGCCCAGCAUCUUUGACCUGUUGGAUGCCACAUCCAGUCAACUUCCUGUCCUACCUACCUUUCCUCUUUCCUGGCUCAGACCUAAAUGGCCAUGCCCUGGCUCUGCCCUUGGGAAGACCUGCUAUCUGUGUGUGGCCCAGCUUAUCCAGGCCCUGGGAUGCUGCAUCUCCAGGCAACUAUGCACUUUCCUGGGGAGGGAACCAGUCUGAGAGGUGGGGGCUGGGCACAGAUUCAUCUCUGCUGGAUGGUCUGGCUUGAGGGUGGGGUGUAGGAAGGCCCAGGUCAGUCUGGGGAUCCUCGGGUUUGCGGCCAGCCAGUGACCAGCUUCUGCAUUCUGUGGGUGCCCACUGCUCCUCCUUGUUUCUGGGAGACACAGACCAUUCUCCAACUGGCAGUUGACCUGCCUGAGCCAAUGUGUCUGUCUGUGGUAACUGAAUGAACCUUAAUAAAGGGAACAUUUGGCCCUCUG